GUACCUGAGUGAAGAAGGUCUUACAGACAUACAAGCAAGCCUCGAGACUGAGCAAUCAAGUCUGGAUGUCGUCAUUAAAGAAGCUCUAAACACGGACCUUCGAAGUAUUGGUCGAGGGAUUCUGCCGCGCGAUCUUUCCAAGCAAAAAACGAUAUCUGGACCAUUAGUUUUACAAUUAUUAUCUGUACUCAAUUUAUCCACUCCCGCUCAAGACCAACAAGCCACGCCUAGAUUAUUUCAGUUGACAUUCACAGAUGGGGUAAAGAAGAUCAAGGGAAUAGAGAUUCUGGGAGAAGUCGAAGGUGUGAGUCUGAAGUCACCGCCGGGUAUCAAAUUCCUGGUCACCAAGAAGAUCACCUUCCAAGAUAACUUUUUAUACCUUGGCCCGGGAUUGUUAAAGAACUUGGGUGGCGAGGUGGAGGAGAUGAUAAGGGAAUGGAAGGUCGGAAGGCAAUUCAUCACCCGUGGUCGCAAAAAGAAUGAUGCUGAGAAGGGUGAGGGAGGUGAAGGCCCACCACCAUUUGUGCCCUUCAAGAUCAAGGGUAAUGGUCGUCAGACUUCCAACGUUCGUGAUGAUGCGCGGUCUAAUGACGAUCCGCCGCAAACGAGGAGUCGGCGCGAUAAUUCAAAUCAAACCGAUCAACAGAACCCUCAGCGACAGCAAAACCAGAGUAGCAGCCGCGGGGGACGAAGAGAUCAUGGAGAUCGAGGCAGGAGACAGAAUUAUGGUGGUCGAGGUGGAGCUCGACAUUCUAAUGACUACCCCCAAGAGGCGCCAACGUUGAAUGAAAAUCAGCGUCGCGGUGGGCAAAAUAGAGGCGGAGGAAGUAAUAGGGGCAGAAGGGGAAAUCAUGUGUAUCCGUCGACAAAUCGUGGACAUUAG